AUAGGAUAGCUAGAAGUUUAGCCACAUGCCGGAUUUCCCCAGUAUCAGCCAGGCUGGAAGAGAUGAUGUCUUGAGAAAGGUGGGUUCUGCCAAUCAGAAAUUCUACCGCAGUAUCCUCGCCGCCUCAACUAACGCCCGCGCGAAAUGCUUCCGUAUUAGGCAAUGCCCAGGAUCACGAGAAGAAAGGGAAAGAAGAACGGCGUAGCAGCUUUCGCAUAUAGAGAUAGAAGAAACUUGGUGAAUUGAUUGCGUUUCUUUUUCGUUUUUAUUUUAUAUAAGAAGCAUGCGGUGUAUUUACAUUCAACAAUUUCCAAGCCAUCUUCUACCACCUUGAGUUAUUAGCAUCAUCGUCGCCCAGUGCUCAUAAUCUUAUUCCCCUUAAAGGCACUGAUAUAAAUCCAUUGGCUCUACCUCAUCGCCUCAACAGCUUCAUCGUCCCUGGUGUGAAGGAGUGUAGGGACGCCUGCCUUGCUCUUGACCUCCCUAAUAAGUCUGGUGUCGCUCAAACCACGCCCCAAGACUGCAUCAGCUAUUAGAUCAAAAUGCCCCAAAGCAAAUUCCGCGCUAUUGUUAUUGGCGGUGGUCCAAUUGGCCUCAUGAUUGCCAACGGCCUAGAUAGGGCAGGCAUAGACUUCCUGGUCAUUGAGCGAAACCCUAACAUCAUCUCCAAGUCGGGAGCGUGUAUCAUGGCUUGGCCGCAUACGACAAGGAUAUUCGACCAGCUAGGCCUCACUGCUGCUUGCCAGGGUCGUUACCUUCCCUUGCAGAGCAAGUCCGUUGCACAUCUUGAUGGGAGGCCGAUAAGAGCAAACCCGAUCUUCGAAUAUCUGAACGACAAUCAUGGCUACCCGUGCAUGAAUUUCCCCCGGCCAUCGUUGACUCAAACAUUAUUUGAGGGUCUGGGUACGAACCAGGCCAAGGUCCGCACAGGUGCAGGCAUAGAGGGUAUCGAAAUGACAGAUAACGGCGUGCGAGUUCGUUUAACCGACGGUAGCUUCGAAGAUGGUUCUAUCGUCAUCGGCGCUGAUGGUGUCCACUCCAAAACCCGAGCUAUUAUGCACAAGCUAGCCGAAGAAGCAGGCAAGGAUUUUGUGAAGGAAGAGGACCCCAUCGUAUCUAACUAUCAAAUCUUGUACGGACGAGCGAAGUAUGUCCCCGGCGUCAAAGUCGGGCAGUUCUUCGAGACACACGGCACACAUAGGAGUUCUCAAAUAUCGGCAGAUAAAAACCGUAUGCAUUUCGGUAUUUACCGGAAAUUGCCGAACCCAACGACCGAGGCGAAGGAGUAUAGCGAAGAUGAGGUGGCCGAGUUCGCAGAAGCCUUCUCUGACGUUAUGGUUAUGCCAAACCUUUCGUUUACAGAGCUUUACAAGAACUGCGAGUGGACAAAGCUUGCCAACCAGCAAGAAGGCGUUUUGAAACAUUGGUACUAUAAUCGUAUAGUACUGGCUGGUGACUCGACUGUUCAAAUGACUGCGGCUAUGGGUAUGGGCCUUAACAACGGCAUCCAGUCUGCUGUAUUCUUGGUGAACAAGCUCCAGGAGCUGUUGAGCAAGGAUUCGAACCCUGAUACGGCUGCGCUUGGAUGUGCAUUUGAAGAAUACCAGAAUACUCGCCGCGAAGAAUCUCAAGUAAUAACCGGCCACGCUGCCAGACUCAUACGAAACAACACUUGGGAUACGUAUUUGGGCUGGUUCAUGCAUGAAUACGUUGUCCCAUGGAUGAUGACGGAAGAAAAGCUCAUAGCAACAGUGGGCAACCAUCUUCUAAGCAAGAUGCACAAAUUCGAUUUCAUCGACAUCGAGUUCAAGUCGGGUAAAAUACCAUGGGCGAUCGCGUAAGUUCUGGGCAGCCUCGAGUAAGGGGUGUACUAUAUGCAAUGUAAUACAGAUUGGAGAGAAUAGCUAUCACUUUAGAUCAUCACUCAAUUCUACUUAGAUACC